AUGUAUUUACCAAGAGUAAGAAUAAAGCAAAAGACAAUAAUUAUCUAUAGCUGAAAUGGAAAAUGGAAAAACACGACUUGUUAUCGCCUUGUACUGGCUAAAAUGUAUCAUUAUUUAUUUGGAAAAGCGUCUCGAUACACAGAUCAAAUAUGAUAUGGACGAAUGAUAAAUCGAUUGUCAACAAUCACACACAUUACAAUCGAGAGUAAGACUGACACACAUACACACUGGUACGACAUAAUAUCUCAUCUUGAAAAGCAUUAUCACAGAAUGUCUGGUGGAGCAUGGAGUCGCGGACCAUCCGUCUGGGCCACAUCAACGCCACAAACACCGUCAUUAAACUCUAUCAUGAAUGAACAACAAAAUGAGGAAUCCACAGGAAGUGCCGGAAAGUCAAACCACAGUGACGAAAAAUUCAAAGCACAACCUGCAAGAAGUGAACCUUGGUAUCCGGGCAAAGUAAAUAGAAACAGGAAUAGAAUACAAAAAGACACUAAAGAUCGCGGGGAACCAGUUAAACGGAAAUGGACAGAGCCGCCAACUUCUGCGUCCAGCAGUUUGUCUAUGACCCAACGUAACACAAAGUCUGGUAUCACAGUUGUUAACGUGCACAAAAAAGAUUUAAAUGAGCUAGGUUAUAAAGACCUCUUAGAAUGGACGAAACACCCGGACCAUUUGUACAUCGGGCGAGAUAUGACGUUGUAUGUCCCCGGAGCAGUACACAGUAAAUGGCACAAUCCGUUUAAAUCCAAAAAAUUGGGAAAAGAAAACUGUUGCAAACGAUUUAAAGAAUAUGUUCAGACGGACAAGACUAUACAUAGUAAUGGUAAAACGUUGUUUGAAUCCCUUGAGGAGCUUAAAGGGAAGACUCUGGGCUGUUGGUGCCACCCGGAGAUGUGUCAUGGACAUGUACUCCGUGACCUGGUGGAAGAAUUUUGUCCCUAGGUAUUCGGUCUUUGAAAUUGAAAAUAAGCAGCUGUGAUCAAAUAUGAAAGAGAUUUAUUUAUAUUGUUCUGAAGUUAAUUAUAAGUAAAUACUGUUAAUUCAUCAAAUAAUUGUUACAUGUAGUAUAUAAGAUUGAACUUUUAAUCAUACAUAUAGGUAUCGCACAGUAUUAUUGCGUAUUAAAAUGUAAACAAAUAAAAGAUAAACAUAAAAUUCACUCAAUACACAACAUUUCCGAUGCAAACAGAAAUUCCUCGUUGGCCAAGCGGUAACGGUACCCGUUUCGGACAUUUUCGCCCUCAGUUCUAUCCAGAGACGUGUAUUUUUUUUAUACCUGUAUUCAGUUUCUUAUUUUUCAGUAAGGUUCAACAAAUUCAGCUCAAGCUAGUUAAUUUAGUUCCAAAAGUGUCACUUACUAAAAUAUGUCAUUAUUACCACGUACACUUCGCCUUAAAUGUGGUGUAAUGUUUUUUAAGCUCACAUGUAUAAUUUUAAAAUGCAAUGGGUUAGUUUUCUAAAUUCUAUGACAAUUUUUAUAUUUCAAUCUUAAAUAGCAUCGUCUCAUUGAAAGAUACUCACGAUCUUACACGAACAUGAGAACAAACAAUUGAGUCAUAAACUAGAGAAAACCGAACUUACACAAAGUAUGCAAUGCAAAAUAUAAAAAAAAGGUUUUGGACGUGUGCAUGAUUCGAACAAUCAAAAAUAGCACUACAAAAUGAUCACAUUUCUUCCCACUCAUCCCUUGCACGAACCAGCCAGUCAACGACUGAUCUAAUUUCGUAUAUAUUAACCUUUACCCUUCUAUAUUUCUAAAAUGCCCUGGUUUAUCAUUCAGUUUGGGCGUUGCCAUUUAUUAUUCGAAGGGGUGUUCACUGAAUAUUUACUGACUGAGUUGCGAACAGUGCACACCAUGAACAGCGCUUGCACGGAUGCGCAGGCUGAUCUUGGUCUGCACAGGUCGCAAAGGCAAAAUUACUAGCCGCCAUCAGGCUAAAGGUUAAAGGGAUUAACCCACACAUUUUAGCCUCAAAUUAAUUUCUCUCGAAAAUCCAUAAAAUGUGAGUACUCUGAAAGUGACUAGUGGUAUAAACUUAUUGACAUAAGAUUUUUGCGAGAUACUAGUAUUUCUUUAAAGAACCAAAAAUAUUGUGCAGAAGGUAGUAAACCGUUGCAACGCGUUUGCAAUAAUGCAGAAAAUUUACAUUCUUCAUGCAUUUUUACCAAUAUCUAACUUUUAUUUUCACCCACUUUAUCAUUUUCAGUGUCAUAUGUACAUUCUAUGCCAAACUUGGUGGAAAUGAACACGUUAAAAAAUUCACACAAACUGUGGGCGAAUACCUUUAAACGAGAAUGCUACUGAUCGCACUAACGCCAUAAUAUGAUAAUACUGUGCGGUACUUAUAUAAUACAUAUUGUAUGUAAAGGAAAAGAUGCUUAUGUAAGGACUUCAUGAUUUAUGACACUGUUCUUUUUAGAUUAAAGUACAUUUAGGUGUUGUUUUUGCCAACACAGUGUGUUUCUACACGUUUUUUUACUUGUUCAUCAACGUUGUCUAUAAUAUUAGUUUAUAUAUUGUUUUAAUAUUAUAACGCUGAGGGUAUUUGUUCACGUUAUUUUGAUGUUAUCAAAUAUGUUUAAUUAUAUUCUUUAUGCGAAGACUUUUCUAUUAUAUAACUGUUUAUGCCACUCGUGAUUAGUUUUGCUCAUAAUACCGCGGUUGUUUUACUUCAUAUCCUAUGUUUCAAACUAAGUUUUCAAUCAUUAUGAUAGAGGAUCAUGUGUUAGACCGGCUACAGCCCAAUAUCUUCUCCUCGUCAAAUAAAGUUAAUAAUUGUCAUUAUAACUGUUUUUAUGUUAUUAUUCAUUUGCAUGUUAAAAAUGUCAUAUUAAAAUUUACUGAGUUAUUU